UUCCAUCAGGUAUCCCCGGUACUCUACAGGAUCUCAAGCUAGUCAUCCAGAGCACAUUCUGCACACCAGAUGGCUUUACUCUAAUGUAUCAAGAUGAAGAAUUUGGGGGGCAGUUCUUCACAUUGACCUCUAUAGAAGAUGUUCAAGACAAGGGUACCCUGAAAGUUGUUCAAGUUGAACCAGUCAUUUUAGAUCUCAGUGCAGUGGAAGAAAAGGAUGAUAAUGUAACAGAAUCAGACAGCAUGUCAUCCAUAUCUUUAGCAUCUCAGGAUACUGUUUUGUUUUCCUCAUCUGAUGAAAGUCCAUCACACCGUUCCCAACCAUGGCCAAGAAAGUUUGAAAUUCCACUAUUCUCCUUUGGGAUUCGGCUCCUCCUGGAGGCAGGAAACCAAGCUUACCAUUCUGAAGGCACCCUGCUAAACAACCCAAAAGUGACAAGCGGUGUCCUGGAAGAAUUGGCUGAAAAAAUAUUUGAGUACACAGCAUACCCUACGGGAAUUCAAGUUCUGAAUGUAGUCGAGGCCUUAAUUGAGAAGUACCCAUGCCUCAAAGAGCCAGGCUCGUUCAAUGGAAUGUACGGAUGGCAACAAAGGAUAAAGUACAAGAUGGGAAAUUACAGGGCAAAAGUAAGAGGGCUCAAAAUAGCCUGUCCAGAGUUAGAAGUGAACAAAAAGACGACUUCUAGUCCCAAAGGAAUCAGAAGACCCAAAAAGGCGGAAGUAAAUUAUUUGCCACCAUUGCCACUAGGACAGACAAAAGAAACCAUGGAUGAAGAGAGAGUAGAUCUACUUACAGAAGUAAAAAAGACCAACAACGACAAGAUUAUCAGUGAAAAAAUGGAGAAGACCUUUCCAUAUCGACGACUGGAAGUUGUCAGUCAGAUGCCUGCUGUCCCAGAUGUCAUGGAGAGAUGGCCUGCCCUUUUCUCUCAAUCUCAGGUGAAAGAGGAGUUCAAGAGGAUCACAACCAUUCAACUGGACCGAACCUUUUUGUCGAAGAUGGAUUUAUACACUCCAAAACUCCUGACCGUUUUCAAGACAAAGGGUGGGACUGCAGGCACAAAAAUAAAAAGCGUGUUGGAGUCUCUCAGUCAGAAGCAGAUUGAUAGCCAUGAUGCGGUCAUCCGUUGUCUGAUCCCUUUCCUGGGAGAAUCGACAGAGGAACUCAUUAAAGACUACCAGCAGGAUGUGUCCAAGGACGUCAUCGAACAAGACCUCAAAGACAAUGUGAUCAAGAUCCUUGUGCUGGGCAGUGCUGCAGAGGGUGCCCCCCCAACUGAUGUCAUCAUUGUGAUUGAUGGUACAGAGGUAUUAGGUGGUUGUAAAACACUUGCCAACGCUUGCAUGCUGCUCAUGGGCUUUGUGUACUCACUGAAUCUCAGUUAUCCUCCAAAAUUGAAAUACACAUUUGAAGUGUUUCAAAAGUUGCUUUUGGAGUUAGAUGAUUUGAAGGUCUCCCCUAAAGUGGAUUCUCUGAGGAGGAAACUGCUACAUUAAAAGGGAAAUGUGACUAGAGCUCAAGCAGAAGGUGCAAUUGACUUUACUGUGAAGUUUUUCAUAACUGUUCAUAAAAGGCUUUGAGUGAUGCUUCUUGUUCGCUUGAGUGUUUUUGUAAUGACGUCAAUAAUGUACAAAUGGGCCUGUACAGAUUUUUUUUUUUAAGAAUUUGCAAUCUUUCUUAAUUUUUGAAUUUUAUUGCAGUGUACUAUUGGUCCACUUGGUAAGUUCCCUCUCAGCCUUCACAUCAUUUAUAGGACCCAGAACACUCACCAAAGCUUGCAUUCUUCUCAUGGGCUUUGUCUACUGACUAAAUCUCAAUCGGGAGCAUAACAGAUUUAACGUGUUUUCAAAAGUUCCUUUUGACAUUUAGGUGACUUAUUUGAAAAUUAUCCCCAAAAGUGGGUUUCUUUGUGGGAAAACAAACUGUUAAUGUUAAAGGGGAAUAUGCCAUUGUAUGUUGCAGAUGCGAAUGACUUCGCUUUGGUGUCUGUUCAUCUUUGAGUUGUCAACUGAAGUCUUUGAGAGUUAUACGUCUUGCUAGAUUUGUUCAGACUUGAAUAAUGUAUAGAUGGGCACGUACAGCUUUUUGCCUUUUUCUUUUUGAAGAUCGCUGUUCUUUCUUGGAAGAUUUAGAAUAUUUUACUAUAGUAUAGGGCAAUUAAGUGGGUCAUGUGUGGAGUACCCAAGGCUAACUCGUCUCUCUCUGCUUAA